AUAAGUUUAAAUAGUUUUACAUAUUACUAGUAUAUAGUUUAUUUUGUGAGUUUAAGUUUUAGAAUGCAGUCCUUGCCUUUAGUCUGCUUCCUAUCAAUAAUACAUCCACCAGAAAUCCAAUUUGAGAAUGCCGUUCUACAAGCCACGCCUGUCCAUAAAUCCAAAUGCCCAUAUGUCAGAAAGACACACGAUGUAUUGUUCCAGUUGUUCACCAGACACAACCCAACAGUAUACCAAGAAUUAGUAUUGAAUGACGAUGAAAAACUGUUCGCAUCAAACAUCAACUUCAAUGACCCAACAGUAAUAUACUUCCAUGCUUUUAUGGAACAAGCAACGGAUGGAUCUGCUCUUGUUGUCAGAGAAGCAUAUAUGCAACGUGGUGAUACAAAUGUGAUAAUUGUGGAGGCACAACGCUUAGAAGCGGGACCUUGGUAUUUCACCGCGGCUGAGAACACUUGGUAUAUAGGACGUUAUGCUGCUCAGUUCAUUGAUUAUUUAGUAUCAAGAGGUCUGAAUCUAUCCAAAACCCACUUUGUCGGACACAGUCUAGGCGCCCAGUCGGCUGGAGUCGCAGGAGCUUCUCUAACAUCAGGUCGCGUAGCCAGGAUAACCGGAUUAGAUCCAGCACUCCCACUAUUUGACAAAGUCCCGUUAGAACAAAGACUAGACCCGUCCGAUGCAGAAUUCGUUGACGUCAUCCAUACGGACUCUGGGAUUUUCGGAUUCCCAGGACCAAUUGGUCAUGCUGACUUUUAUCCCAAUGGUGGUAAGAGCCCUCAACCUGGAUGUAAUUUGGAAGUGGUGCUGCCGCAACAGCUGUUGUUAAAUAAAUUCUUCUGCAGUCACUGGAGAUCUUAUAUGUUCUACGCGGAGUCUGUGCUACGACCGAAGUCUUUUGUAGCCACAUCAUGCCCUUCCUGGCAUCAGUACAAAAACGGGGAGUGUGUGGAUGCUCCUAAUGUUCAUAUGGGAUACAGUACUGAUUCAAGGUAUGGUUAAAAGUUUCACACGAGGACAGGUAGAGUUGUAGACAAUGCAUUAAUACGUGAAGAUAGAAGAGUACUUUGUAAUUUUCUAUACUAAAGUCCAAUCGCGGAGCACGAAGAAUUUCGUACAUUGAACUGUCAUUACCUGUCUCUGUCACUCCCGCGUAAAUACAAUGUGUCUCGCUCGCACAGAUACAAUGGCCGCCGUCCUCAGGGAUUGUAAACCUUUUACUGGAGACUAUAAAGUUUGUUCUUUUGUAAUAAAUGUGACAGACGAGACGUCUUCGGAAAGCAGUUACUCCGAUACAGAAGAAUCGGAUU